AUGAAAAAAUAAGAAUAAUCUAAGUCUCUUUCUAGUCGUAAACCUUAAGAUAAUGCAAAGUCAGUCAAGAGGCAAGAGAAGCUUACUAAAAUAUAAGAAGCCUUUAAUUUCAAUAAAGCAUCAAAAUAUAUUGUACUGAUUAAUUAUAAUAAUAGUUUUAAUCUGGAUUUUAAGAGAGAGCUUGGCUAAUCAAAAGGGGCUAUUAAGAUAGGAUUGAUUUUAAGGACUCCGAAAUUGCUGAGUUGAGAAAAUAUUUUUCAUCAUUAGAUGGAGAUGGAUCAGGUGCAAUUGGGAUAGAGGAACUAGAAGACCCACUCAUAGCCUUAGGCUUAGUUAAUUCAAGGGAGGAAGUAGAAAAAAUUAUGAGUGAAGUGGAUGAAGAUGGAACCAAUGAAAUUGAAUUUAAGGAGUUUCUAACAAUAAUGAGAGGAGUUUAGAAAGGUGGAAAUGUGGAUUAAGGAGAAAAAAAUCCAAUUUAUGAUUUUUUUAAAAGUAAAUUCAUUUGUUAUCGUUUUAGAAAUGAGCAAUGGUCAAUUAGAAAAAGGAAUGGAUAAACACAUCCCGUUUAAGUUAAAUGUUAGUUUAUUUAGAAGAAAACAAAUAUUAAGUAUAACUCAACAUUAUUUUAGAUGCAAUAACUGGGGAUUAAAAAGAAUUAAAAGAUAAAGGAUAGAAGAUCUUAUAGGCUUAUAAGAGAUAGUUACUGAAUUAUAAAUAAUAAGACAGAAUUAAUAGAGGAGAAGAUCCUAAUGGUAAUUUAUUAGAUUUGUAUUCUAGAUAUAUCACUAGACUAGUUUCCGAAUAAAGAUAAUGGUCCUAAUCCAAGAAAUGGAUUUCCCAAACUAUAAAGAGUCAUACAGCCAGAAUAAACUAUUGGAAAUAACCAUAAACACUAUGAUAAAUGA